CGUUUAAAUGUCACUAUCCAACUCAUUUUCCUCUACAGAUAAUAGAGCUGUAACAUCGCAAACACCACUUUUAAACUUGGAGUUUCAAAAACAUGUAGUAGAAUUCACAUUCCCUUUACCUAAAGAAGUAGAGGAAUUGACUCGUGAUACUGAGGCGUACAUUGGCGUACUUAAUUGGCAAACUGAACAUGCUGCAGUAGUAACUCAGACCCAUUGUUUUGUAUGGGAUUACGGCGGUGUCGAUAAUUUUAAGCAACUUUUCGAACGAGAAACAUCUAUUUACAAGUUUAAAAUGCCCAUAUGUGAUGAUGACGAUAUAUUAGAUGAUUCAAAUAAUCAUCCUAAAUUACCAUUAGUAUGUAUUAUACCAUCUAAUCAACAUCAAAAACCCGGUCUACUUGCUUGUUCUCGUAGAGGUGAAUUUCGCUAUUGGGAGGAUAUAACACGAGAAAGUGUUUUUGAAGAUCAUUAUUCGAGCUUGAAAGUAUAUCUUCAGGAAGGAGAUUAUGGAACACAUUUGGCUUGCUAUGAGACCCACCAGUCAUCACAAGAUAGUUGUAUUAUAAUUUUCGGUUCAGCACGAUCUGUGUUAUAUCGUAUUAAUAUUUCCAAAACGGGAAUGAGUUCUUCUUCACUUUCACGUUCUGUGGGAAUUAUGGAGAACUUUAGUUCAUACCUUUGGUUAAGCAGUAAAUAUGAUACAGGAGAAAUUAUAACUACAACAUUAGGAAACAGGCUGGAGAAUAAUUUACUUAGUGAAGUCUUUGUAUUGAUGGAAAAAUCACUAGAGAAAUGGGCUUUUGGACAAGCUCGUUCGGUUAAUAAGUAUGUGCAAGGACAAGAUAUAUACAACAAUAUAAUCCAAGAAAUUUAUUUAAGUGAUAGUAGAAUAAAAAAAACUGAUCAGGUAGAUUUAAAAUUACUGGACAUAGAAUUUACAAGGAAUGGUGAAUUGGUCAUUCUUGUAUCUUAUUUUUUUGGAUCGAAUCAAAAUGAGAUAGUAGAAAAUAAAAACUUAUCUCACGCAUUGGUAAUAUUAAGCACUGAAGAGGUACAAUUUUCAGAUGCUGUAAUUUAUAAGGUGGACAACAUUCAUAGGCUCAAAAAUCAAAGCAAUCUUUCACUUGGACCACAAGCAAAUUUAGUCAUGCCUAAUGGAGGUCCGGCUGUUUUCGUGGUUUUCUCACAAGCGAUUAUAAUUACAACAAUAUUAGAAGGUUCCAACUACAGCAAUAUAGUAAGUUUGCAAGAUCAGACCAGAGAUCGAAUUAUUGGAUUUUGUGGCGAAGGAUCUAAGUCAUGGCAUGAUAGAAAUAUUGAUCGUGUUAGUCGAAUAAAUAUAUUAACAGCCAAAACUGGUAUUAUGACUUGCAAAUUAAAUUUGAUGGAAAUAAUGGAUGAAAGAGAUCAUACUCACGAUCAAAUGAACCUUGACAAUUCACAGGAAAUGAGAGACCGUGAAUUAAAAAGGAUGUUGGAACAAGCAGUAUUUAAUACAAGUGAAAAGGUCCCAGUAACAAAUUAUAUCUCCUGUGAACAUGAUGGUGACAUCAAUUCUGCAGCUAUCGAAAUUAGCGAUGAGAUAAUGAAUUCACGUUCGCAAUACUUGUUUGAUUUCAUUGAGCUUAAAUCACAGCUUAAUGAAAGAUGCAAUAAAAUGUCUUUACUUAUUCAAAUAAUCAAAUUUAGUAACAUGCUUGAUAAGUUAUACCCUUCCACUCGUCAACAUUUAUUUUGGAACGCAGAAAAAAUGGCGUGUGCACUAAAGUUAUGGGAAUAUUAUAAUUCCUCCUUAUCUUUAAGAGGCCAAACCGAAGAAUCUCAACGCAAAUUACUUGUUAGUGCAAUUCGAGAUUAUUUAAAAGAACGUGAAAUUCAGAUAAAGCCUAAUGAAGAUAUUGUCAGAUUUUUCUUUCGAUUUCAUGUACGAGAAAUUGGGUUCAUCUUCACUUAUAUUGAACAAGUCAUAAGUGAACAAGAGGAUAGCAAUUUGUUAAUUCCCGAAGCCAAUAAUAUUAUCUUGCUUUCAUUCGAAGCGGCAUUUAAUUUUAGAAGAACUAAUAAGGAUUUAUAUGUUAUCACUUCGAAUUGUUUAAAAGAAUCUUGGACGUUUCAUCCUGAACUUCUGAAAGUACUUUAUCAGCAAUUCGAAAAGACUAGCGAUAUUAUUCAAGAUUCGGAUAUUCAAAAUGACGGUGAAAAAAUUGACUCUUUAAAAGACCAAUUAGUUAAAUUAGCUGAUAUUUUGCUUGGAGCUACCUCUGAACGUUUAAAUUGUGAUGAUUCAAUGACAAGGGAAGAUGCACAAAUAUAUCGUAAUGAAUGGACAACUAUUUUAAAAAAGCUUGUUCGAGUCGGAAAAAGUGACGAUGCUUUUGUCCUUAGCGAAACUUAUGAAGAAUAUAAAAUAUUAGUGGAUUUAAUCAUGUCUCAUGGUCAAAAUAUAGAUUAUUACAUAAAAAAAUAUGUGAAUAAAUAUCAAGAAAAUUUUGAAUAUCCAUUAUAUGAGUGGUAUGUCGAAAAAGAAUUAUACGCUGAUUUAUUAAGUCAGUCCCAUGCAUAUGAAUAUAAAGACAGUCUUCAAAAGUUCUUGAAUGAGCGUAAUUUGAACGGUAUUUCGUGGAUGCAUGAUAUAUAUUUAAAUCGGUAUGGUGAGGCUUCUAUUAAGUUGCGUCAUUUAGCAAGAAACCAAUCUCGUGUAAAUCGAAAUAAGACCUUUCUAAGUAUGAGCAAACUAUCUUUUUUGGCUGAACUUGGUGAUGAAAUUGACUUGAAAAAUGAAGAUGUACAAAGGAAUUUGGAUGAAAUCGAUAAUGGAUUUGAGCUCUUAAAAGCUUAUUCUGACCUGCAAGAGGAAUUUGUUAGUUUUCUUACUUCACAAAGACAAUAUCAUGAUACAAAACCUAAACAAGUAAACGCGAUUAUGGAAGGAACUGCGGGUAGCUGGAAGCAUCAUAAACCAGCUUUGUCACAGAUUUACGAAAAGCAAGUAAUUAAAAUUUUAGAUGGCGAAAUAAUUCCAACAAGUGAAUUGGUUGAAGUUAUGACACUUGCAGAUAAAAAAAUGGAGAAUGCUUUUCCUUUCGCGCUUCAGUUUACUCUAAACGAUAAUAAGAUAUCUGAAGAUCAUCGUCGUACAAUAUUGCAAACUAUAUGGCGAAGGAUUUAUCUUAAUGACAACUGGGAGAUUUUAUUAGAUACCAGUAAUAUAUCUGAUGAAGAAUUGAACAAGCACAUUAAAAGUACUUUUGUUUAUGUCGCAUUAGAAAUUGUGAAUCGCUCAGUUACUGGUAUGUCUACUUUUCAUACUGUUGUUAAGUAUUUUUAAUUAAUUAUCCAAUUUUAUAUUUGUUAGGCAUUCCAUUAAAUCAGUGGUU